CCAGUUUGCUUCUUCAUUUUGUUCACUUCAGUUCGGGCGAUCGUUGCGUUAAGAAGUGUUCACGUCGGUCCGUCUUUCGGUUUAAUUUAUCGCUGCAAAGUGAAUGUGAAUAGCUAAAAUUUAUAAAAUUACACAUCCCCGGUGUGCUGUUGUUGUGCAAAUUAUACAAACUGACGAAACAAGUGGAUUUCUUUCAUGAAAAAGCGAAAAUUAAUUUCCGAUUGCAUUUGGAGAUGAAAGGUGAAGUUGUUGGUCUAAUUGGAAAUAUCGCUGUGUGAGUGGUAAAAGUGUUGUCCCCCAUCAAAAGAAUGCCAACGUCAAUGUGUGAGUGUUAAGUCUGCGAAGCUUUUCGUGUUUACGUCUUGCAGCAGCGGAAGCCGACGAAGCAACGGGAUAAAGCAAAAAGAAAAACGUAGUGAAAAAAAUACAAGUUUUUAGUUUUCUGCUUUCGCACCGCCGAGUCAAUGCACUUGUAUGGGAAAAAUGAUAUCUACAUCAAAGACGUUCAAUCGGGGUGCUAGCUUGCUGUAAAAGUUUUCUACUCGGUAAUGAGUGCUGAAUGAAGAGAUAGAAAAGAGGAAGGCGAAAAAAUCGGUGCGUUCUUGCCUUUUUUCUUUAUCAUCGGAGAAGUUAUGAAUAGAAUGAGUGGCAGUUAACGGAUUGAAGUCAGGUGGAACUAGGUGAAGGAUAUUAACGGUGGCUAAGUAGAAGGAAGCGAGCGACUGUGCUGGCGAGAGGCGGCAAAAACAUCUGCUAGUGCACGAUACUGGAAUUGAUAGAAAAGUACCUGUUUUGUAACUGCAUUCAUUAAAAAGUGAUCACCAGGAAAACGUCAGCUAUAUUUUUAAUUAAUUGACCUCAUCAUGACAUAAUUUUCCAAUUAUACUUGAACACAAAAUGAAGCUACCAGAAACACGAAUAGCAUCGCUGGCGCUAUUCGUUGUUCAAGUGAUAUCUCUUUGGAGAUGUGUCAGCGGCUAUAUGGUGAUUGUCAGUGAAAACGACGAACCAAAUAGAAUCGUGUUCAAUGCAUCGGUUUACAAACUAGGAUCCGAGAGGCACUACAAAAUCAACACACAUAAAUCUGCACACUUUGUUCAUCAUUUGCUCAAAGUUGAUCCAACCAAUGGACAAAUCCGCCUAAGGAAACGUUUAACAUGCGACGGAAUUUAUUACCCUAAUUUGUUCACAUUUUACGUUGAUUCUACCUCAAACCGGCUUCGGAGUAUAGACUAUUACAGUUUACCACUACGUAUAUUUAUUGCUGGGACCAAUUGUACAGAUGAUUCUGUAGCAGAAAGUUUUAGACACUUUUUUGAAGAAGAUGAUACUGGAUAUAAUAGGCGACGCAAACGAGCGAAUGAAGUGCAUGAUAAUCGCCUAUACGGACAAUAUACUGGAAAUAAUCUCCACAGUUACUAUCGCGAAUUUCCAUGGUUAGGGUCGCCAAUAACAAAUUAUACCUCCUUCCAAGAUGGAGACAUAUUAUUUGAUAGCACGGAAAAGAACGCAUACCGUCAUAAUAUAAUUGUUCGUAAAAAGCGAGGUCUAAUUGACCCACCGGACCAACGCAUACACCGAAAAAUUAAUGAUGCUCGACAGUGGAUUUCGGAAACCUAUGCAUCCUAUGCCAUUCAUACCACCGAUAAAUGGAACCAAAUAUGCCUGAAAAAGUCACAAUUCAUCAAUUCUAUCAACUCGUUCUUACCGAAAACAGUACAACAAUACUGCUCAGUGAAAUACUUAGAUGUGAAUGAUGGCCGUUUCAAAAUAGAAUCGAAAUCUGCUGACUUAGUGGCUAGCGAUGAUUUAUGCAUAGCGGAAUCUUACUGGAAGGUAGCGAUUACAUUCAAUGUAAAAUGUAAUCGCAAAGAUAUUGUAGAUGCCGAUCACAGACUAAAAGUUGUCUACCAUCACCAAGAGCUGAAUGAUACAGAUAUUGCUAAGCGUGUCAAGCGAGAACUGCGCAAUCAAAGCCCGUACUUUGAGCAAGCACUUUACGUUGCAUCCGUGCUGGAAGAACAACUACCGGGAGCGUCCGUAACGACCGUCCGAGCACGUGAUCCCGAAGAUUCUCCUGUUGUUUAUUCGAUGGUUUCACUAUUAGAUUCGCGUUCACAAUCCAUGUUCAAAGUAGAUUCACGAACAGGAAUCGUAACAACUGCGGCAAGCCUUGAUCGAGAACUAAUGGAUGUCCACUAUUUUCGCGUUAUUGCAACAGACGACAGUUUCCCACCACGCUCUGGAACGACUACGCUACAGGUCAACGUUCUGGAUUGCAAUGACCACACUCCUUCGUUCGAAUCUGAAGAAUUUCUAGCCAGUAUUCGUGAAGGUGUCAGUGUCGGUUCAACAGUUAUCACCAUCAGAGCUACCGAUCAAGAUAUCGGUAAAAAUGCAGAUAUUGAAUACGCCAUAUUAAGUAUCAAUGGGGAUGGAUCUGCGACGAACGGACAAGAUGAACAAUCUUUUCGAAUCGAUGCUCGAAGCGGUACCAUAUCAACACGAAGUGCGUUAGAUCGUGAAACAUCGGAAAUGUAUAAAUUGAUAGUAUCUGCUUCCGAUAUGGCUACAUUGCAAACGGAACGGCGAUCGGCGACGGCAACGGUGAUAGUGAAAAUUCUCGAUGACAAUGAUAAUUACCCACAGUUUAGUGAAAGGACAUAUACAGUUCAAGUUAGCGAGGACCAAUGGACUAACGAAAACAAUGUUAUCACACAUAUACAAGCCACAGAUGCUGAUCAAGGAAAUAAUGCUGCUAUACGAUAUGCAAUCAUUGGUGGAAAUACGCAGUCUCAAUUUUCCAUAGAUUCUAUGAGUGGCGAUGUAUCUCUUGUGAAACCCUUGGACUACGAAAGCGUAAGAAGUUAUCGAUUGGUAAUUCGUGCACAAGACGGUGGAAGUCCAUCACGUAGCAACACGACACAACUCCUUGUCAAUGUGCUUGAUGCGAACGAUAAUGCGCCUCGUUUUUAUACAUCUCAGUUCCAAGAAGCAGUAUUGGAAAGUGUCCCCGUAGGUUAUAAUAUAGUGCGUGUGCAGGCGUAUGAUUCUGAUGAAGGAGCCAAUUCAGAAAUUUCAUAUAAUAUACAAGACAGAGAUGAUAAUCUUCCACUAGCUGUAGAUUCUCGCACAGGCUGGAUUCACACUACUAAGCCAUUAGAUCGAGAAGAAAGAAGUAGGUAUAGCUUCCAAGUGAUUGCCAUGGACGGUGGAAUACCACCCAAGUCUGCAAGUACUUCCGUCGUAGUCACAAUACAAGACGUGAACGAUAAUGAUCCAACGUUUAGUCCAAAAUAUUACGAGGCAACUAUCGCUGAAGAUCAACCCCCAGGAACACCUGUGACAACGGUUACCGCAACUGAUCCCGAUGAAGAUUCUCGACUACACUACGAAAUUACGGCUGGUAAUACUAGAGGACGUUUUUCAAUAACGUCUCAGAAUGGUCGCGGGUUGAUAACAAUUGCUCAACCGCUAGAUUAUAAACAAGAGCGAAGAUUUGCCCUAACGAUUACUGCCACCGAUAGCGGCCAAAGAACUGAUACAGCGAUUGUCAACAUAAAUAUUACUGAUGCUAAUAAUUUCGCACCAGUAUUUGAGAACGCUCCAUAUACAGCAUCAGUUUUUGAGGAUGCACCAGUUGGCACUACAGUUCUGGUAGUCUUUGCAACAGACAGCGAUGUUGGCGUAAAUGCUCAAAUAACGUACCUUUUAAACGAUGAAUCUGUUAAUGGUUUGGGGUCGAAUGAACCGUUCAGUAUCAAUCCGCAAACAGGAGCAAUUAUUACGAACGCACCCUUAGAUCGCGAAACAAUGAGUGGUUAUUUAUUAACAGUGACAGCGAAGGAUGGAGGCAACCCUUCAUUAAGUGACACAACGGAUGUAGAAAUAAGCGUUACAGAUGUGAAUGAUAAUGCACCGCAAUUCAAAGUACCUCUGUACCAAGCAACGAUAGCAGAAGAUGCACUCAUUGGUACUUCAGUAGUUCAAAUCGCCGCCACCGAUAUUGAUAUGGGAUUGAACGGCAGGAUAAAAUACACGCUUAGCUCAAAGGACAUCGAAGAUGGCUCGUUCGUGGUAGAUCCCACAUCGGGAGUAAUUCGUACUAACAAAGGAUUGGACAGAGAGAGCAUAGCAAUUUAUCAUCUGGAAGCAAUUGCAUCGGAUAAGGGAACACCCACGCUAAGUAGUACGGUAGAAGUACAGAUACGAUUAGACGAUGUUAAUGAUUCUCCACCUACAUUCCCUUCCGAUAAAAUUACUUUGUACGUUCCGGAAAACAGCCCUGUCGGAUCAGUGGUGGGUGAAAUUCAUGCUCAUGAUCCAGAUGAGGGUGUAAAUGCUAUUGUACACUACUCGAUUAUUGGUGGAGAUGAUUCCAAUUCAUUUUCGUUAGUUACGAGACCAGGAUCGGAACGUGCUCAAUUGUUGACAAUGACGGAAUUGGAUUAUGAGUCCAGUAAAAAGCGGUUUGAGUUGGUGAUACGUGCAGCUAGCCCUCCGUUACGAAACGACGUUCAUGUGGAGAUUUUAGUAACGGACGUAAAUGAUAACGCGCCAAUAUUACGCGAUUUUCAAGUUAUAUUCAACAACUUUAAGGAUUGUUUCCCGAGCGGUGUUUUUGGAAGAAUACCAGCAUUCGAUGCAGAUGUUACUGAUAAAUUAACGUAUCGAAUCUUAUCCGGUAACAAUGCAAACUUGGUGAAAUUGAAUAGCUCGACCGGAGGAUUGAUAUUAAGUCCACAGCUCAAUACAAAUGUUCCCAAAUUUGCCACCAUGGAGGUAUCGGUGUCAGAUGGAAUCAAUGAAGCCAAGGCAAUCAUGCAAUUGAUCGUGCGUCUUGUGACUGAGGAUAUGCUAUUCAAUUCAGUUACUAUCCGUUUAGAUGAGAUGACGGAAGAAGCAUUCUUAUCCCCUUUAUUGAACUUUUUCCUUGAUGGAUUGGCAGCAAUAAUUCCGUGCCCCAAGGAAAACAUUUACUUGUUUUCAAUUCAGGAUGACACCGAUGUCAGUUCAAGGAUAUUGAAUGUUAGCUUUUCUGCUCGACGUCCAGACGUUGCCUUCGAAGAAUAUUAUAGCCCACAAUACCUGCAGGAACGCGUCUAUUUGAACCGGGCUAUUUUGGCUAGAUUAGCAACCGUACAAGUGUUACCAUUCGAUGAUAAUCUUUGCGUUAGAGAACCCUGCUUAAACUACGAACAAUGUAUUUCGGUACUUAAAUUCGGCAAUGCGUCAGGGUUUAUUCAUAGCGAUACUGUACUAUUCAGACCAAUUUAUCCAGUUAAUACGUUCGCUUGCAAAUGCCCGGAGGGUUUCACUGGUAGCAAAGAACACUACCUUUGCGAUACAGAAGUAGAUUUGUGUUAUUCAGAUCCUUGUCAGAAUGGAGGAAGCUGCAUACGGAGAGAAGGUGAUUACACAUGUGUUUGUACAGAAUCGUAUACAGGAGUAAACUGUGAGACAGAAAUUAAAAGUCUUAAACCAUGUGCUGCCGAUCAAUGUGGAGAAGGUUUCAGCUGUCUGUCACAUACACUAAAUACUCCGCAUAGUCCGUCUUAUACAAAAACUUGUGAACUGAUAUCGCGAUCGUUUACUAGGAAUUCAUUCCUUACGUUUACAAGUCUGAAGCAGCGACACAGGUUCAAUAUAAAAAUGAGUUUCGCAACGGUUCGAGACAAUGGAUUGCUUCUGUACAAUGGAAGAUACAACGAACAACAUGACUUCAUCGCAUUAGAAAUCAUUAACGGAAGAGUAAUGUUUUCGUUUUCACUUGGUGAUAAAAUUGAAUCUGUCGUAGUGGAACAAAACAAACGCGUUUCUGAUGGAAACUGGCAUACGGUGGAAGUGAUUUAUUUCAACCGUACCGUGACUCUGUCUGUAGACAAUUGUGACAUUGCCUUAGCACUGGCCAGUCUUGGUCAACGAUGGAACUGUGCAAAUCAGACAACAAUGAUACUAGAUCGUAGAUGUUCCUCACUCACAGAAUCGUGUCAUCGAUUUUUAGAUCUAACUGGUCCUCUACAAAUAGGCGGGUUACCGAGGAUUCCGGCUCAUUUCCAAAUACAGUCACACGAUUUUAUUGGAUGCAUAUCGGAUCUUUACAUCGAUCACCGUUAUGUUGAUUUCAAUUCGUUCAUUGCCGAUAAUGGUACAAUAGCAGGUUGCCCACAAAAAUCUGCCUCCUGUGUGUCUGAGCCGUGCUUCAAUGGUGGAACCUGCCGAGAAGGUUGGGGCGAAGGUUGGGAAUGCGAUUGUCCUGAUGGAUAUUCCGGAAAUGCAUGUCAAGAGUCUGUUACGUUGCCAUGGCGCUUUAACGGAGAUGGGAUAUUAAGCUUUAAUCCAUUGCUUCGACCAAUUCAACUACCAUGGCUAACAGCCCUUUCAAUAAGAACUCGUCAAAAAGAUGCAUUUUUGAUGCAAAUACAAGUCGGCCAGAAUAGUUCUGUUAUUGUCUCUCUGCGAGAUGGAGUUUUGUAUUAUACAUAUAACGCAGAGCCCAUGUUUCUUGCUGGGACAAAUCUUGCCGAUGGAAAAUGGCAUCGGAUAGAAAUCAAAUGGCUGGGAACGGAGGUGUCACUUUCGGUGGACUAUGGUCAGCGUGUUGGAUUAUUGCCGAUGACUCAAAAAAUACAAGGUUUGUACGUAGGCAGAAUUGUCAUCGGAGGUUCUGAGACCAGUAUUUCCGGUUAUGGUGACUACGGUUUCUAUGAAGGCUGCAUACAAGACGUUCGUGUUGGAGGCACUCAGUCGGUUCUUAACCGCCCAACCAUCCGUGAAAACGUGAUCGAUGGAUGUAUGUCUAAUGCAAAAUGUCCCGAUAGUUGCCCAGAGCAUUCAACUUGUGUUAUGAGUUGGGAUGAAGCGCACUGUGAAUGCAUACAUGGCUACGUUGGAGAGCACUGCCUUCCAGUUUGUACGACCAAACCCUGUUCAGACAAUGGUCAGUGUCGUGCUGAUAUGAUGAACCAAAAAGGUUAUCGUUGUCAGUGCAAUAGCACCGCAAAUUCUGGUGAUUACUGUGAAAUUACAACACAGCAGCCCUGUCCUGCUGGAUGGUGGGGAGAACGAGGAUGUGGUCCUUGUAAAUGCAAUUUAAAACAAGGCUAUCAUCCAGAUUGUAACAAAAUAACAGGGCAGUGUUACUGCAGGGAAAACCACUACCAAAUGGUGAAUGACACUUCUUGCCUACCCUGUGAAUGUUACGCAGUAGGAUCGUACGGAAAAUCAUGCAACAACGCAGGUCAAUGUGAAUGUCGUGAAGGAGUAAUAGGAAGGCGUUGUGAUUCGUGCUCAAAUCCAUAUGCGGAAGUGACACUUAACGGAUGUGAAGUAGUUUAUGAUGCUUGUCCUAAAUCUUUCUCCGCUGGAGUUUGGUGGCCUCGAACGAGUUUCGGUGAGAUUGCUGUUGAAAAUUGUCCUCUGCCAGCUAGAGGAAAAGGCGUUAGAAGAUGCGACAUCGAACAAGGAGGAUGGGGUCAACCAGAUAUGUUCAACUGUACCUCAGAAAAAUUCUUGGACCUACGGAAACAACUAUCGCAAAUAGAAAUGGAGGGACUUGAGCUGAAUGCGUUCAUAUCCGUAAAAAUUGCUGCUAGUUUACAGAGUGCCACUUCUAGUUACGGACGAGCUAAAGAAGAUCGGCAAGAUAUGAUGCGUACUUAUGCAUUUGAGUCAUCGUUCACGUCGAAAAACUCAUUGUGGCAGCCAAACGAUUUCGAGUUUGACUAUUUGUAUGAUAUGCAAAAAACUACUCAAAGUAGAUUAUAUGGUGCAGAUAUAUUGAUAACGGAACGACUACUGCAUGAACUGAUCAACUAUGAAUCACGGCAAAAUGGCUUGAACCUGUCCAACAGUCAAGAUAAGCAUUACAUAAAAAAUCUAGUGGAAAGUGCCGGAGUCAUACUAGAUAUUCAGUACAAAAACGAAUGGAAGAGAUUAACUGAUUUAACCCAAAGAGGACCCAAUGAUCUGAUAGAGGCAUUCAACAAAUAUAUGCUCAUACUGGGUCGCUCGCAACAUGAUACCUACACAAACCCGUUUGAAAUAGUUCACGAUAAUAUGGCCUUCGGUUUGGACAUAGUAACUGCAGAAUCAUUGUUCGGUUAUGAGCCUCAAUUGCUGACGGGUUAUCAUAGGAAUAGUAAAUCUAAUAUGUUCACUACCGAAAGCGUUAUUUUGCCAGAUACGAGUUCAUUCCUGCAACACCCAACUAAACAGAAAUAUCCUCUAAUUUCGUUUCCAAAAUAUAACAAUUAUAUUCAAGAUAAAACGAAAUUUGAUCGACACAGCAAAAUUCUGAUUCCGCUAGACAUGUUAGGAAUCGUACAGCCUGAUAAAGAUGAAGUUACUAAUGUCAUUAGUGACUAUCGAGCUAUAGUUGGAUAUGCACAAUACAAGGACGCUGGCGCAAUUUUCCCAAUGAAUUUCGAUGAAACUAUAACUCGCAGGUGGGGCGUCGAUGUUCAAAUCGCUAGUCCAGUUCUAGCACUCAGCAUAAUGGUGCCCAUUCCAGAUAAACCACCUGAAGUAAAAUCUACGAGUGGCCGUUCGGAUUAUUUGGAAAAGUAUUCUAUGAAAGAUACUGAAGUAUUCGCUCCUUCGAAUCAUGAACAUAUCAAUGAAAAACAUUCAAAUGAAAUUAAAAUAUCAAUUCAUGAUAUGAGUGAGCAUGAUAAUCUGGAGAGCUUAGGUGAACAUCCGGAAAUUAUAAUGAGUAUCGAUGAAAAUCCAUUCGAAACAUCGAAUCCACCAGACACAGUAGUUUUGUCAUCUAGUUCAGUCAAUAAUGAAGCAACGUACGGAAUGGACGAAGCAAUAUAUACGAAAAUACGAAAGCGAAGCGUUUCGCAACUAUCAUUCAGCUACGACAGCCUGGAUAAACCAAUUGAAUACAAACCAUUGGGUAAUCCUUAUCUACCCCAACCAAUUAAAUUACAAAUGUGGUUACAUAUUCCUAGAAGUUGGUUUGGGGCGCGCUCAAAUCCUCAAUGCGUGCGAUGGAAUGCUCACGUAAAUUUGUGGACACGGUUGGGCUGUCAAACAGAGAUUCCAAAUUACGAAGCGCUACCAGUAAAUGAAAGCAUCUUAAUCAACUGCACUUGCAGUCAAAUAUCGAGUUAUGCCGUACUGGUAGAUGUAAUCGAUCCUGAAAUCAUCCCAGAACCAUCAUUGUUGGUGCAAAUUACAUCGUUUUCGGCAUUCCUUAUAUCGUUGCCUGCGUUGUUUGCUGUUAUAAUUUCUCUGGCUCUUCUACGAGGAUUGCAAACCAAUUCGAACACCAUUCAUCAAAACUUGCUAUUCUGUGUUUUUAUCGCUGAACUGCUAUUCUUCAUUGGCAUUCAAGCACGGAGAGAACUGAUCGAUAAUGAGUUCUCUUGCAAACUGGUUGCGAUUGUUUUACAUUAUGCAUGGCUGGCAGCAUUCGCUUGGACUACAGUAGAUUGCGUGCACUUAUAUCGCAUGUUGACAGAAAUGCGUGACAUCAACCAUGGUCCUAUGGGUUUCUACUACACGUUAGGAUAUGGAGCCCCGGCUUUGCUGGUAGGACUUUCUGUAGGAGUCCGGGUACACGAAUACGGAAACAAUAUGUUCUGCUGGUUAUCGCUGUACGAAUCGGUAAUAUGGUGGUUAGUUGGACCGAUCGUCGUGAUGUCUAUUGUAGAUCUGUUAAUCUUAUUCCUUUCGGUGAAGGCUGCCUUUACGAUAAAGGAUCAUGUGUUGGGAUUUGGAAAUCUUCGGACUCUGCUGUGGCUUUCUGUAGUUUCACUGCCAUUGAUGGGAAUAAUGUGGGUUUUAGCAGUUUUAGCAGCAUCAGAGAGCUCACAGACGUUGAAGGUGUUGCUAUCAGCAGUUGUAAUUAUACAUGCCCUUUUCUCCAUUAUUGGGUAUUGUGUGAUCAAUAAACGCGUACGAGAGAAUCUCCACAGGACAUUUUUAAGAUGUUUAGGGAGGAAAGUACCUUUACUUGAUUCAUCUCUGGUGGUUAGCAGUAGUUCUCAAAAUAUUGGACAAACGUCAAAAACUCCAGGUUUUGCCAGUCAGUACGAGACUGCACGACGAAAUAUAGGAAUUAGCACAUCUAGUACGACAUCUCGAAGCACUGCGAAGACCAGCUCAAGUCCAUACAGAAGUGAUGGACAGUUCCGACACACAUCAACGUCCACAUCGAACUAUAAUUCUAAUAGCGAUGGUGUGCCGUCAUACAUGCGUGGAUAUGAAGGAAAUGCUUUGCGCAAAAUCAAAGAAUCAAGCGACAGUUCGCCGCACGGUAGAAAAGUACGACGCCAUCGACGAGAUUCGGAUUCCGGUAGCGAAACAGAUGGCAGAAGCCUGGAGCUUGCGUCUAGUCAUUCAAGUGAUGACGAAGAAUCACGUGUUGGUCGUAAUAGCAGCACACAUCGUAGCUCUGCAGUUUGUUCUACCAGCUACCUGCCGAACAUUACAGAGCAUGUGGUCACUACGCCACCGGAAUUACAUGUCGUUCAGAGUCCUCAGCUUUUCCCCAACAUUAAUGCUACGAGAUGGUCGAGUCAGGCUCCAGAAUCAUACAUAGGAAAUACAAAUGCUGGACGUUGGUCUCAGGAAACUGGAUCUGAUAAUGAAGCCCAUCCUCACAAUUCUGGGGCUGCAAAUGUCUUGCCCAAUCCAGAUAUAACGGAUACAUCAUAUUUACACCAAAAUCGCAUGAACAUGCCACCUUCAAUACUGGAAAAUAUCCAGGAGAGCUAUAACUAUUCAAAUCAAGAUUUAAGAAAUGAUAAGUAUGGCAAUCAUGGCAACGACAAGUAUACAACUGAAGGAUACAGAGAUUACGAAGAAAGCCAUCAUCAUGAAACAAUGUCUUACGUCGCAGGUGGAGGCAUGAACCAUUUAUCUGGAUCAACGCAAGUUAUCAAUCACAUGCGAUCGUAUAAUCAUGAGAGCCCAUAUGGUUUCAAAGAAUCUCUCUACGAAAGAUCCAGAACACUUGGCUACAAGGCUGAAUCACCGUACAUGUCAAAGGAGCGUAUAGCUCCAGACUUGUACAGUCCUCGGACUGAUCCACAUGGAUCAUUCAAGUCCAGUGUACAAUCACUAUUGAAAAAUGAUUAUCAACGUCACAAACAGGGGGCUGAUUCUGACCGUAUGUCAGAAGGGUCGGAUAAAAAUCCAUACAAUUUCCCGUAUACAGCGGAAGAAGACCAUUCAAGUCACACAACAAUGAAAUCCAACGACGGAGCUGGUCAAAUAAUGCAUCGGUUUAACAACCCUACUUCAAUACAGCCAAUGGCGCCUUUAACGAAUUUGAACGAUAAUAACGAAUGGUGUUGGGAUCGACUGAAAAGUCUGGAAUAAACGUAACGUUUGAUAAUCCUUCCAAAUCAGAAGGACCUAACGAUGACGACGAGACAACUGUAUGAGAUCCAACGGUUUGGCGUAGCAUUCCUCACAUCACAAGUGAUUUCAAAAGCACAAAUUCUAUUGCAACAACCGUAGGCUAAGAAAUUUAUGUUAAGCUUAGCACAGCUUUUUAUUGCUUCCUGGUUGGUAAAAAAUGUGUCUUCUAAAUAUCGACCGUCAAUGUUCAUCCGAAGCAGACUGAAAAUAUAGACCAUUCAUUCAGGAUUGUUUCCUUAGGAUAAUUUUGAAGUUUGGAUGUAUUAUACAAAUGUCCUCCAAAUAGUAGUGGCGUCAUGAACAAAACAUGGUUCGCUUCUUGAGAGAGUAAGGGGGUCAUAGCAAGCGUAAUAAGCGUUACAUACUUUUUCGGAAGACCCAUUCAACAAAUUAUCCUAAUGUAGUUGUGUUAUAAUUUGUGCAUUUGUGCAUCAAUAGAAUGAACAAUCCGACAUCAAUAUUUGAAGAGGGUAUACCGUGAUGCGUCCAUAUUUCGCGCACGCUCCUAAUUUCGCUAAAUGACAUUUUAUUCAUAUUUGUUGAUACUUACAUAUUAGAUUGUGUAAUUGCAUGUUAUGUAAGCAUGACUGAAGGAGUGUGGACCAAUGCACGAGUUCACUCUUUGAAUUUUGAGCGGUGCCGUGUUAUUCACGUCACCGUGGAAACGAGUGAUUUUUGCACCGCUCAAACAUCAAAAUAGUGAACUCAUGUAUUGAUCCAUUAUAAAAAAUGAUGACCAACAAACAUUUAUUUAGCAAAACAUCUUUAAAGUGGCAGUGAGCGGAAUUAGGAGCACGCAAGAAAUAUGGGUACUUCACG